CUAAGGUUUAAUUGAAUUCCUAGGCUGCUAGGGAGGUUCAAUUGGAAAGUAAUCCAGACUUUCAACAGAUUUCCGACAGAAAUUGUCAUGAGAGUAAUAGUACACAAAUCUUUUCAAACUUUCCAAUUCACGUAAAUAUCAAGAUUGAACAUCCUAUACCUUACCUAUCAUCCAGAGCUACGCGAAUGAUAGUGUAAUCCGGUUUAAUAAUUUCGAGUACUGCCUCAUUUGGGUUUACUAAGAACGGAGAAGAUGGCAGAUUCCCGAACACCAGCAAAGAGAACACCCUCGGCCAUAUCUAGAAAGCCCAGCUCAGUUUCGUCUUCCGCCAACACCGCCAAGGGCCAGCAAACCAUCCUCGGCUUCUUUUCCAAAGCCUCCCCAGCUCUGACCUCUUCGCCCACCCCUUCAUGUCUGAAGGAAACCACCAAGUCCAACAGGAAGCCUUCUAUUGUUACCCCCGUUCCUAGCAGCGAUGCCCUAGAACCCUCCAGCUCUCAAGAAAACCACGGCUCCGCCGCUACGAUAAAACCCGCCUCCGCCCGUGCCAUCGCAGAGAGCAGUCCAACCCGCAAGAUUAAAAAGACGGUCAAUUACGCCGAGUCUUCCGACGACGACGAGGAUGUCUUCGUAUCCUUGAAGGCUUCCCAAGCGCGACGCCGUGGUCGCCAGCAAUCUAGAGUUGUCGAUGACGAAGAGGAUGAUUACGAGGAAAGUAAGGAUGUUGCUCUUGAUGACGACGAUGAUGAAAUGGCCGAUUUCGUUGCAUCCGAUGAUUCAGAUGCUCCAACCAAGAAACGAAAACGCACCUCUAAACCUCAGCCUGCUCGAAAGAGAUCACAGGUCUCGCUUCAGACCUCGAGGCGCGACGACGAUGAUCAAGCUAACAAGGACGAUGAUGACGAAGUAGCAGACAACGCACCGGCAUCUACUGCACAGCAAUGGCGAUACGAUCCCGAGAAUAUUGAACCGGCGAAGCCAAGGACGGCGGUCCAACCUACACCUAAGACUUUUGUCGGCAAGCAAAAAGCUCAUACACGCGAGCCCGAGGAGCGUUAUCCCUGGCUUGCUAAAAUCAACGAUAUAAACCGAAACCCUCCAGAUCACCAAGACUUUGACCCCUCGACCGUCUACGUCCCCCCACUAGCGUGGAAGAAUUUCUCUGCUUUCGAGAAGCAGUACUGGGAGAUUAAGCAGAAGCUGUGGGACACCGUUGUCUUCUUCAAGAAGGGGAAAUUCUACGAGCUGUACGAAAACGAUGCCACUAUCGGCCAUCAGCUCUUCGAUCUCAAGCUCACUGAUCGUGUCAAUAUGCGUAUGGUCGGCGUCCCCGAAAGCUCGCUCGACAUGUGGGUCAAUCAGUUCAUCGCCAAGGGCUACAAGGUAGCCCGUGUUGACCAGAUGGAGACCGCGCUGGGCAAGGAGAUGCGCGAGCGGGUCGACGCUAAAGCGAAGAAGCAAGAUAAGAUCAUCCGACGAGAGCUUGCCUGCAUUCUGACGGGUGGCACGCUAGUCGAUGGCAGCAUGCUUCAAGACGACAUGGCAACCUACUGUGUAGCCAUCAAGGAAUCUGUAGUUGAUGACCACCCGGCGUUCGGUAUUGCUUUUGUUGAUGCUGCAACCGGCCAGUUCUUCAUCUCCGAAUUCGAAGACGACGUCGAUCUGACUAAGUUCGAGACGUUCGUCGCUCAGACGAACCCUCGGGAGUUACUCCUGGAAAAGUCGCAGAUUUCCACUAAGGCUUUGCGUAUUCUCAAAAAUAACACCUCCCCCACCACCAUAUGGAAUUAUUUCAAGUCCGGUAGCGAAUUUUGGGAUGCUGGUCUUACCCGUAGAGAACUUGACUCCAACGGAUACUUCGCAGAAACCGAUGGGGCUGAGGAGCGUUGGCCUGAUACUUUAGUCGAUGCCAGAGAAAAGGAUCUGCUCAUGUCUGCUCUUGGUGCUCUAGUUCAGUACCUUAGAGUGCUUAAGAUCGAGCGGAACCUGCUUUCUCAAGGCCACUUCACGUGGUAUAACCCCAUUCAUAAAAACGGUACCCUGGUUCUCGACGGACAAACCCUCAUCAACCUCGAGAUCUUCGCCAACUCUGCAAAUGGCGGUUCGGACGGAACGCUAUUCACCCUCCUAAACCGCUGCGUGACACCCUUUGGCAAGCGGCUGUUCCGACAAUGGGUAUGUCAUCCGUUAUGCAACAUCCAGAAGAUUAACGAACGUUUGGAUGCUGUCGACAUGUUGAAUGCCGACCCGACAGCCCGAGAACAACUGUCCUCACAGAUGACGAGGAUGCCCGAUCUCGAACGCUUGAUUUCUCGAAUACAUGCAGGAGCUUGCCGACCGGAGGAUUUUGUGAAGGUCCUCGAGGGUUUCGAGCAGAUCGACUAUACCAUAGGCCUUUUGAGUUCUUUUGGUACCGAACAGGGCUUACUUGGCCGCCUCGUCUCGUCCUUACCGGACCUCAAAGAACCGCUUUCGUUUUGGAAGACGGCGUUCGAUCGUAAGAGGGCUCGAGAGGAGAAGAUACUUGUUCCCGAGCGUGGCAUCGAGGAAGACUUUGAUAAGAGUCAUGACAAGAUUGUGGAAAUCAAAGACGACCUUCAGUCGCUGCUUGAUGAGAAGAAAGCCGCGUUGAAGAACAGGUCUUUAAAGUUCACCGACGUCGGAAAAGAGGUUUACCAGAUCGAAGCGCCCAAGUCGGUCAAGGUUCCCAAGGAUUGGCAGCAGAUGUCCGCUACCGCGAACGUCAAGCGCUACUACUUCAAAGAGCUCACAGAUCUUGUACGGCAACUUCAGGAGGCGGAGGAGACUCACUCUCAGCUCGUCCGAGAGGUAUCCCUGCGCCUCUUCCAACGGUUCGAUGUCGACUACGACACUUGGCUUCAGGCCAUCCGCAUCACAUCCCAGGUCGACUGCCUACUCAGUCUUGCCAAGGCAUCCUCGUCCCUAGGCGAGCCGAGCUGCCGUCCGGUCUUCAUCGACGAGGAGCGCAGCGUUGUAGAGUUCGAGGAACUUCGGCAUCCAUGCAUGCUCAACACCGUCGAUGACUUCAUCCCUAACGAUAUUGUAUUAGGUGGCGAUUCUGCCAAGAUUAACCUAUUGACUGGUGCGAACGCUGCCGGUAAAUCCACCAUUUUACGAAUGUCCUGCAUCGCAGUCAUUAUGGCGCAGAUCGGUUGCUACGUGCCGGCUACCUCGUCUAGGCUGACCCCCUGCGAUCGCAUUAUGUCGCGACUCGGCGCAAAUGACAACAUCUUCGCAGCACAGUCGACGUUCUUCGUAGAAUUAUCAGAGACUAAGAAGAUCCUCUCCGAGGCUACACCACGUUCCCUUGUCAUCCUCGACGAGCUAGGCCGUGGUACUUCUAGCUAUGAUGGUGUUGCUGUGGCCCAAGCCGUUCUACAUCACGUCGCUACACAUAUUGGGUGUAUCGGUUUUUUCGCCACUCAUUAUCACUCCCUCGCGACCGAGUUCGAAAACCACCCUGAAAUCAGGGCGAAACGCAUGCAGAUCCAUGUUGAUGAACAGCAACGACGUGUCACCUUCUUAUACAAAUUGGAGGAUGGCGUGGCCGAGGGGAGUUUUGGUAUGCAUUGCGCGGCUAUGUGCGGCAUUGCCAACCGUGUCAUCGAGAGAGCCGAAGUGGCUGCUAGGGAAUGGGAACACACAAGCAGGCUCAAGGAGAGCUUGGAACGUGCAAAGGAAGGCUGCUACAUCCCUCUAGGUAUGUUGAGCGACGUGGCUACACUGCUUGACGAGACAAAGGGCAAAGACAUCAGGACGCGAAGUCUCGAUGUUCUUGCUCGGGCGAUCGAGGCCCUUUAAAGGCGCAAAGGAACACACCCUUCGUAGAUAUGAUUUGAAAAGAAAAGAGCUUGUAUGGAUUGUAUCAUACUAUGCCUAAUGGCCGAUAUCACAUGUUCGUGAUACUGCCGAUGAAGCAUCCACUGUAUGUAUUUGGAGUUGGGGUGUUAGGUAGAUCAGGUUGCUCGCUCAUGGCUGUUACAUACGCUGCUUCGGUAAUAAAUGUGAAUACUCGUACUUUAGAGUCAUUGGCCUCA